UCCUGACCUCCCUGGGGCCCUAAGCAAAAUUCUGCUAAGGGGCCAACCUGACCUGUGAGCCAGGUAAACAACUUGCUGUUGCCACACAGUCACACCUGACAACCCAGGGCUCUCGCUACAAUCCUCCCACCUUUAAAACUCCCUCCUCGCUCCUUCUGUCCGUCUAAGAGCACAAAGUCACAGAACACAGCCCUGGACGUGGCUGGCAAUCAAACAAGACACAGACAGACCAAGAGAUGUACUGCCCAGUUAGGUUAGCAGGUGGGGAAAAAGAUAAAACUAAUUAGGAAUCAAAGUAACACGGAGAUGUUCAUGUCCGGUUGCUCUCUGUUGCUUAAGAACCUCAGUGUUGACCACGAGGGUCCACAAAACAGGAAGUUUGCCUUACCCAGACGCAAUAGUCAACUGCUUGACUGCAGAGCCAGAUUAAACACGGAGUUGUCAGCUUUGCGAAAUGACGGUGAUCUUCCAUAUUUUGGAACUGUUAGACAUCAAAAGCUUUUUGCUUUUUGCCUUCAUUUUCCUUCUGAUAUUUGACUACAUCAAAUCCAAACCACCAAAGAAUUUUCCUCCUGGACCGUGGUCAUUGCCUUUUAUAGGCGAUUUGCAUCACAUUGACUUCACCGAAAUCCAUCUACAGUUUGUCAAGUUUGCUGAAAAAUAUGGGCAAAUUUUCAGUAUUCGAUUUUUUGGACCAAGGAUUGUUCUUCUCAACGGACUCAAGCUAGUGAGAGAAGCAUAUGUCCACCAAGGAGAAAACUUUGCUGAUCGUCCUUCCUUACCUCUAUUUGCUGAUAUUGUGGGAGACAAAGGAAUUAUUUUGUCUAAUGGAUAUGCUUGGAAACAUCAGAGAAGGUUUGCUCUUCACACCCUGAGGAAUUUUGGGUUGGGCAAAAGAAGCCUUGAGCCCUUCAUCCUUCAAGAGUGCAGAUAUCUAAACGAAGCAUUAGUUAAUGAGCAAGGUAAACCAUUCAAUCCAAUGUGGCUAGUUAACAAUGCUGUGUCCAACAUCAUCUGUGUGCUGGUGUUUGGGGAGCGCUUUGAGUACUCCAACAAUGACUUCCAGGCUCUCCUGAAGGACAUCAAUGAGGUCAUCUUUCUAGAAGGAUCAGCAUGGGCUCAGUUGUACAACAUAUUCCCGUGGUUAAUGCGCAGAGUCCCUGGCCCACACCAGAAAAUAUUUGCUCUUUGGGAAAAACAGAUUACCUUUGUAAAGAAAAAAAUUGAAGACCAUCGAGUAGACUAUGAUCCUUCAAACCUUCGGGACUACAUCGAUUGUUUCAUUGGAGAAAUGGAAAAGUACAAGGAUGAUGAAGCAUCAGGCUUCAAUGUGGAAAACUUGAGCUUCUGCACUCUGGACCUGUUUUUAGCAGGAACUGAGACCACAUAUACUACCCUGUACUGGGGGCUGCUCUACAUGAUCAAAUAUCCUGAGAUACAGCGAAAGGUGCAAGAGGAGAUUGACCGUGUGGUUGGAUCCUCACGCCCGCCCUCCUUAACUGACAGGGAGAACAUGCCUUACACUGAUGCUGUUAUCCAUGAGACCCAGAGAAUCGGAAACAUUCUUCCCUUGAAUGUGGGCAGAAGUGCCACCAAAGACACCCAAGUCGGCGGUUACAUCAUUCCCAAGGGCACAAUGGUGUUGGCCAGCCUGACCUCUGUUUUGUUCGAUGAGACGGAAUGGGAGACCCCUCACACCUUCAACCCGGAACACUUCCUGGAUACAGAGGGGAAGUUCAGGAGGAGGGAGGGCUUCCUGCCUUUCUCUAUUGGGAAGAGAGUGUGCUUGGGAGAGCAGAUGGCCAGAAUGGAGCUGUUCCUGUUCUUCACCUCACUGCUCCAGCGGUUCUCCUUCUCAGCACCACAGGGAGUAGAACCCAAAUUGGAGUGCAGACUCGGAGCCACUCACAGCCCCCAACCCUAUCAACUCUGUGCUGUUCCUCGCUGAGACGCUUAGCUGAGCACUUUCUUUAUACUGCUGUGCUGCUUUCCGAUACACACACAUAUUUUUAUGAAUCGAGUAUGUUCAAUUUUACAUAACAUUUUACAUCAUAUUAUUAAUAAUGCCAAUGUUGGUAGUGAAUUGACGUUCAAAUCAAAUUUGUAUACUUUAAAUGUAUGAGGUAAGCAGUGUUCAGUCUUAAUUGUUCUUCAGCUCCACAUGCUGUGAGACAAUCAACCCUUUCAACUCUGUGCUGAUCCUGAGAUGCAUAUAACUUUCUUUAUAUGCUGUGCUGCUCUUUAAAUCUGAACUGUAUUUUUUUUUUAUCCAGAUUGUAAUAUUUAGUAUAGGUAUUGCUAUGUAUGUAAUACACAGCGAAACAAGUGACACAAUCAGGCAUAACCUUAAAGUGUUCUACUGUAUACAUACUUGAAGUGGGGAUUCACACAACAACCAUUUCUUUCUUGUAUAUAUUACAGGAUUUACAAGGGUUUUGUAGUGCAUUUAUACAGUAUGGGACAGUAUAAGACCAAGCUUAGUGGCUACCUCAAUGGGUGCUCAGACAAUGGCAGUUCAUCUUAAUACAUAAACUGUAUGCAAUAA